AUGAAUAGCAAAAUCACAUCUAUGGGAAAAAAAAUCGGGAAAAGGUGUGAAGCUUCUGAUGAUUCAGAAGAUAAUUUGAAAAAGACAUCAUCAACACCAACCGAUGAAUUUUAUGCAAAUUCAGAUAAUUCAAAGGACCAUUUGGAUAAGACAACCAACGCAUCCUCAGCAUUAGUAAAGGAGCCAACUAAUGAGAUUCUUAAUGCGUAUCAUAUUCGUGUUCUAGCAGGCGAGAAACUAAUUUAUAAUGGUGUGAAUCUACUGGACUUUAUUUACCAAACAAAUGAAGGUUCACUUUCUAUUGAUCAAAUUCAAGAACCUGAAAUUAAAGUUAUAAGGAAAAACCAUAGGCUUUACGUAAAUUGUGAGGAAGAGGUUUUGCAAUUCUUAGAUAAUUUUGAGGAUGUAAAUGAUUUAGAAUCUUUUGGAAAAUCAGAUAUCAAAUUAAAUUAUGGUGAAUUAGCCUCAAAGUCAUACAAUAAACUAAAAGAUAUAUUAAAUAUUGCAGGGAAUGGUGCCUCAAAACUAGAUGAAAAGGGUUUUUGA